AUGAACGACAUGCGCCCCCUCGCUCACGCUAUAAUCUCGAUCCUCUUUGCCGUGACCUACAUUACGAUUCCGAUGCGCAUUUGGGUCCGUGGAGUGUCGAUGAAGUCGUUUGGUUGGGAUGAUUGGGUCAUGACGAGCAUGCUUAUUCUCUUCCCUGGCCAGGAAGCUCUGCUCACAUUCUUUUUGAUGAAGGGUGCCGGUUUGCACCUUGAACAAGUCAUUGCAGAAGACCCAGGCAAUGUGACUCAUCUUCUCAAGGUAGAUAUCAGCGAAUUUCUCUCCGUCCUUAACUUUCUGACAGGGCUGCUGGCCGAAGAGUUUUACUACGCCACCCUGCAAUUCCUCGUCAAGAUGUGCUUCCUGCUCUUCUUUUUCCGCCUGUCCCAAGCCAGAGCCUUCGUCUGGAGCUUGUGGGCAGUCAUUGCUCUCAACACUCUGGGCACCAUCGCCAUUUUGCUAUUCUACGGCCUCCAAUGUUUGCCACUCGAGGCAUUCUAUUACCCAGAACGUCACCCUGACGUGAAGUGCAUCAACGCUAAAAUUACAUAUUUCUUCCCGUUCACCUUGAUCUUCUUGGUCGAUGUCUGCAUCUUGAUUCUUCCCAUCCCCACAAUCAUGAGCCUUCAGAUGACCCUCAAACGAAAGGUCGCCGUCAUCAGCGUCAUCACCACCGGUGGCUCGGCCGUUCUGGCAGGUGGUCUGCGAGCCAUCAUCCUCAUGGAGUUUGCCAGGUCGCCCGACUUCUCCUGGUCCCUCGGCAAAAUGGUCAUGAUGUCCGCCGUCGAGAUCGACCUGGGUAUACUGGCAGCCAACAUGCCCGCCCUCAAGGCCUUCUACAAGUGCUGGCGGGAGGGCAAGCUCGGUGCCGGCCAGGGCCAGUCGCUGGCCUACGGCGACUCGACCAAAGACUCCCGCGGCACGCGCAACGGCGGCUUGGAGUUGAGCAGCGGAGUGUCACGCCCCAAGCCCGGACCGAGCGCAAAUACCGGUGUGAUGGAGCGGCUGCCCUCGACGGAGAGCGAGGAGAAGCUGUGGGAUCUGCCCAAGCAGAAGCCUAAGAAGGCCGAGUACGAGAGCUCCUGGCGCAGCGCGGAGGCUUCGUCUUGA